AUGCGGUACUCCAUCGUCUUUGAUCUGCUCCUGGUCGGCGCUGCAGUGGCGCUGCCAGGUGCAGGAAGAAAGAGGGACUACAGCGAAGGCCAUAUCGGUCGGCGUCAAGACGGUCCAGUAGCUCCCGAUACCGCCUCGGAUUGCAGCUACUAUGAUACAGCCCGUACCGGUUUCAGUACCUGUGCGGCUUUUCAGUCUGACUGGGGCUUGACCUUUGACCAGUUCUUUGACUACAACCCCAGCGUCAAAGCAGACUGUAGCGGCAUCAAUAUCGGACAGGCGUAUUGCGUUGAGGUCAAUUUCGGACUGCCUCGUCCUACAAGCGCGAAGAGUAGUGCUACGAGCGCUCCUUCCACCACCUCGCGUAUAUCUACAACCGCUACCGCCACUGUCACCAGCGCACCCAAGCCAGCACCCACACAGCCCGGUCUUAUUGCAUCAUGCACAAGCUUUUACUUUGCCGUCGCCAACGACAACUGUAACAAGAUUGUUGCGUCAUACGGAACGUUCAGCUACGAUGACUUUGUUGCAUGGAACCCCGCUGUAGGUGCUAGUUGCGAUGGCCUCUGGAAAGACACCUACUACUGUGUUGGCAUACCUGGAACACCGAGCACAAGACCAUCCACGUCAACCGUGCCAGCCACCACAACACAGCGUCCUACGACCUCGGCAGGACCAGCAAAGCCCUCGCCUACCCAAGAUGGCCUGAUCUCAAGUUGCACGAGUUUCUACUUUGCCGUCCGAGGCGACAACUGCGACAAGAUUGUGAAGCAAUACGGCACCUUUACACUCGGCGAAUUCGUAGCGUGGAAUCCCGCUGUCAACACAGACUGCAGUGGUAUUUGGGCAGACACCUAUUACUGCGUUGGUAUUCCCGGAACACCUACUACGCGCCCAGUCACCACAACCACACCACCCUCUACGACCACCAUGCCUACGACCACCAAGCCUACAACAACGGGCAACGGCAUCUCCACGCCGCUCCCUACCCAGUCAGGCAUGGUAACCAAUUGCAACAAGUUCCACUGGAUCGCGCGUGGCGUCACCUGCAACCAAGUCAUCAGCUACCAGAAGAUCAGCCUGGCCGAUUUCGUCAAAUGGAACCCCACCGUGGACAGCGAUUGUUCCGGCAUGCAAUCCGACGUCAACGUAUGCGUGAGCGUCGUCGGGUCUCCUACUACUACACCCCCAACCACGACUACGUCGGCAGGCAACGGCGUCCAGACCCCACGACCAACCCAACCUGGCAUGGUAACGAAUUGCAAGAAAUUCCAUUUUGCAGCCAAGGGCGUGACGUGCAGUCAGAUUAUUAGCUAUCAGAAAAUCUCCCUGGCUAACUUUGUCAAAUGGAACCCGGGUGUCGGCGAUGAUUGCAGGAAUAUGUGGGCGGAUACGCAUUUUUGUGUAGGUGUCUAG